GAAUCUAGUAUAAAGGACACAAACUUUUAGUUUAAAAACUCUUGGCAUAAGAACAAAUCUUUAUUCAGAUUCUAGUACUUUUCCUGUGUGAAUUAUAUCAAGAGACUUCCAAGAGUAGGAGACUUAUGAAAUCUAUAUAAACAAGUCAUAAUAUUGUAGCACACAUACACCAUAACCAUACUAAAGUCGAAUUGUAUCAAAAGUUUUAAAAAAAGACCAUGUCAAAAUUGAGUUUCCUAAAGUUUCAUGGUAGCUUUUCAGCCAAGCCAACAUCUCCGCGAAAAAAUAUAGCUCAAAAGAACAGCUUCAAGUUGAGAGAGACAUCGAGUACCGAAAUGAGUUUCCAACCAAAGAAAGAUGAAAUGAAAUGGGUGUUUGAGAAAUUUGACACAAACAAAGAUGGCAAGAUUAGUCUGGAAGAGUAUAAAGCAGCUGCAAAAUCUUUGGAUAAGGGGAUUGGGGAUCCUGAUGCAGUGAAAGCAUUUAACGUGAUGGACUCUGACAAAGAUGGCUUCAUAGACUUUAAAGAGUUCAUGGAAAUGUUCAAUGGAGAAAACAAUAAGAUAAAAGAAGAGGAGAUUAAGAGUGCUUUUCAAGUAUUUGAUAUAAAUGGAGAUGGGAAAAUCAGUGCUGAGGAAUUGUCUCAAAUAUUUAAGAGGUUAGGAGAGAGUUGCAGCCUUAGUGCUUGUAAGAAAAUGGUGAAAGGUGUCGAUGGUGAUGGAGAUGGUCUUAUUGAUUUGAAUGAGUUUACAAGAAUGAUGAUGAAUGGCAAGAAAUGUGCCUAAGUCAUCAUACUUUUCCGGUUUGGAGGAGCAUAAUCUGGUUUAAUGUUUCUCAAGUUUAUGUCUAUCUUAAAUAUAUCUAGUUUUUUUGUUUAUUAGUUUUGUUUUUCUUUUAUGAGUGAUGAAUAAAUUUUUUUGGUUAAA